AGGAAGUGAGUGAGGAGGAGCCUGAGACCCGGGAAAGAGAAGACACCUAUAGAAGAAGCAGAAGCCUGGAAAUGGAAGAAAUCCCAAGUAAGCGCAGUAGCUGGGAAAGGGAAGUGAGUGAGGAGGAGCCUGAGCCCCGGGAAAGAGAAGACACCACCUAUAGAAGAAGCAGAACUCUGGAAAUGGAAGAAAUCCCAAGUAAGCGCAGUAGCUUGGAAAGGGAAGUGAGUGAGGAGGAACCUGAGACCCGGGAAAGAGAAGAUACCUAUAGAAGAAGCAGAAGCCUGGAAAUGGAAAAAAUUCCAAGUAAGCGCAGUAGCUGGGAAAGGGAAGUGAGUGAGGAGGAGCCUGAGACCCGGGAAAGAGAAGAUACCUAUAGAAGAAGCAGAAGCUUGGAAAUGGAAGAAAUCCCAAGUAAGCACAGUAGCUGGGAAAGGGAAGUGAGUGAAACUGAGCCUGAGAGCCCAGAAAUGGAAGCGAGCCUAGGGGAGCCAGAAGGAGAAGGAAUGGAAGACACCUGGGAGAUGCGCAGAAGUACGGGAAGGGCAGCAUCCUGGAGGAAAAGUGGAAGUCUAGAAAUGGAAGUAAUCCCAAGUAAGCACAGUAGCUGGGAAAGGGAAGUGAGUGAAGAGGAGCCUGAGACCCGGGAAAGAGAUGACACCUAUAGAAGAAGUAGAAGCCUGGAAAGGGAGGACAUCCCAAGCAAGCGCAGUAGCUUGGAAAGCGAAGUGAGUGAAGGUGAACCUGAGACCCCAGAAAUGGAAGAGAGCCUAGGGGAGCCAGAAGGAGAGGGAAUGGAAGACACCUGGGAGAUGCGCAGAAGUAGGGGAAGGGCAGCAUCCUGGAGGAAAAGUGGGAGUCUAGAAAUGGAAGUAAUCCCAAGUAAGCGCAGUAGCUGGGAAAGGGAAGAGAGUGAAGUGGAGCCUGAGAUCCGGGAAAGAGAAGACACGUACAGGAAAAGCAGGAGCCUGGAAAUGGAAGACAUCCCAAGUAAGCGCAGUAGCUGGGAAAGGGAAGUGAGUGAGGAGGAGCCUGAGACCCGGGAAAGAGAAGACACCUAUAGGAGAAGCAGAAGCCUGGAAAUGGAAGAAAUCCCAAGUAAGCGCAGUAGUUUGGAAAGGGAAGUGAGUGAGGAGGAGCCUGAGACCCGGGAAAGAAAAGACACCUAUAGAAGAAGCAGAAGUCUGGAAAUGGAAGAAAUCCCAAGUAAGCGCAGUAGCUGGGAAAGGGAAGAGAGUGAAGUGGAGAGGGAAGAGAGUGAAGUGGAGCCUGAGAUCCGGGUAAGAGAAGACACCUACAGGAAAAGCAGGAGCCUGGAAAUGGAAGACAUCCCAAGUAAGCGCAGUAGCUGGGAAAGGGAAGUGAGUGAAGCUGAGCCUGAGAGCCCAGCAAUGGAAGAGAGCCUAGAGGAGCCAGAAAGAGAGGAAAUGGAAGAUGACUGGGAGAUGCGCAGAAGUACAGGAAGGGCAGCAUCCUGGAGGAAAAGUGGGAGUCUAGAAAUGGAAGUAAUCCCAAGUAAGCGCAGUAGCCGGGACAGGGAAGUGAGUGACGCAGAGCCUGAGAGCGCAGAAAUGGAAGAGAGCCUAGAGGAGCCAGAAAGAGAGGGAAUGGAUGACAUCUGGGAGAUGCGAAGAAGUACAGGAAGGGCAGCAUCCUGGAGGAAAAGUGGGAGUCUAGAAAUGGAAGUAAUCCCAAGUAAGCGCAGUAGCCGGGACAGGGAAGUGAGUGACGCAGAGCCUGAGAGCGCAGAAAUGGAAGAGAGCCUAGAGGAGCCAGAAAGAGAGGGAAUGGAUGACAUCUGGGAGAUGCGAAGAAGUACAGGAAGGGCAGCAUCCUGGAGGAAAAGUGGGAGUCUAGAAAUGGAAGUAAUCCCAAGUAAGCGCAGUAGCUGGGAAAAGGAAGAGAGUGAAGUGGAGAGAGAAGAGAGUGAAAUGGAGCCUGAGAUCCAGGAAAGAGAAGACACCUACAGGAAAAGCAGGAGCCUGGAAAUGGAAGACAUCCCAAGUAAGCGCAGUAGCUGGGAAAGGGAAGUGAGUGAAGCUGAGCCUGAGAGCCCAGCAAUGGAAGAGAGCCCAGAGGAGGCAGAAAGAGAGGAAAUGGAAGACCCCUGGGAGACACGCAGAAGUACGGGAAGGGCAGCAUCCUGGAGGAAAAGUGGGAGUCUACAAAUGGAAGUAAUCCCAAGUAAGGGCAGUAGUUGGGAAAGGGAAGAGAGUGAAGCAGAGCCUGAGGCCCGGGAAAGAGAAGACAUUUACAGGAAAAGCACAAGUCUGGAAAUGGAAGACAUUCCAAGGAAGCGCAGUAGCUGGGAAAUGGAAGAAAGCCCAGAGGAGCAUGAGAGCCCUGAAGUAGAAGAAAGAGUAGAGGAACCAGAAAGAGAGGAAAUGGAAGACACCUGGGAGAAGCGAAGAAGUACGGGAAGGGCAAUAUCUUGGAGGAAAAGCAAAAGCAUGGAAAUGGAAGAAAUCCCAAGUAAGCGAAGUAGCUGGGCAGUUGAAGAGAGUGAAGUGGAGCCUGCGGGGCAGGAAAGAGAAAGCACUUAUAGGAAAAGCAGAAGCCUGGAAAUGGAAGACAUUCCAAGGAAGCGCAGUAGCCUGCAAAGAAAAAUCUCCUGGAGGAAGAGCAAGAGCCUGGAAAUGGAAGAUAUCCCAAGUAAGCACAGUAGCUGGCAAACAGAAGAAAGUGAAGAGGAGCCUAAGAUGCGGGAAAGAGAAGACACCUAUAAAAGAAGCAGAAGCCUGGAAAUGGAGGACAUUCCAAGGAAGCUCAGUGCUUGGGAAAAUGCAGCCAUUUGGAGGAAAAGCAAGAAUCUAGAAACGGAAGACAUCCCAAGUAAGCGCAGUAGCUGGCAAAUGGAAGAAAGUGAAGAGGAGCCUGACAGACGGGAAAGAGAAGACACCUAUCGAAGAAGCAGAAGCCUGGAAAUGGAAGAAAUCCCACGGAAGCGUAGUAGUAGAAAAAUUGAAGAGAGUGAAGAGGAGCCUGAGAUCAGGGAAAGAGAAGGCAGUUAUAGAAGAAGCAGAAGCCUGGAAAUGGAAGAAAUCCCACGGAAACGGAGUAGCAGAGAAAUUGAAGAGAGUGAGGAGGAGCCUGAGAUGCGGGAAAGAGAAGACACCUACAGAAGAAGCAGAAGCCUGGAAAUGGAAGACAUCCCAAGUAAGCGCAGUAGUUGGGAAAGGGAAGUGAGUGAGGAGGAGCCUGAGAUCCGAGAUAGAGAAGACACCUAUAGAAGAAACAGAAGCCUUGAAAUGGAAGAAAUCCCAAGUAAGCGCAGUAGCAGAGAAAUUGAAGAGAGUGAAGAGGAGCCUGAGAUCAGGGAAAGAGAAGGCACCUAUAGAAGAAGCAGAAGCCUGGAAAUGGAAGACAUCCCUAGUAAGCGCAGUAGCUGGGAAAGGGAAGUGAAUGAGGAGGAGCCUGAGAUCCGGGAGACAGAAGACACCUAUAGAAGAAGCAGAAGCCUGGAAAUGGAAGAAAUCCCACGGAAACGUAGCAGCAGAGAAAUUGAAGAGAGUGAAGAGGAGCCUGGGACCCGAGAAAGAGAAGGUACAUAUAGAAGAAGCAGAAGCCUGGAAAGGGAAGAAAUCCCACGGAAACGUAGCAGCACAGAAGUUGAAGAGAGUGAAGAAGAGCCUGGGACCCGGGAAAGAGAAAGCACCUUUAGAAGAAGCAGAAGCCUGGAAAUGGAAGAAAUCCCCCAGAAGCGCAGUAGCAGAGAAAUAGAAGAGAGUGAGGAAGAGCCGGAGAUACGGGAAAGAGAAGACACGUAUAGAAGAAGCAGAAGCCUGGAAAUGGACGAUAUUCCAAGAAAACGAAGUAGCAGGAAAAUUGAAGAGAGUGAAGCAGAGCCUGAGAGCACAGAAAUAGAAGAAAGCCUAGAGGAACCAGAAAGAAAGGAAAUAGAAGACAUCUGGGAGAAGCGAAGAAGUACAGGAAGAGCAGCAUCCUGGAGGAAAAGCAAAAGUUUUGAAAUGGAAGACAUCCCAAGUAAGCAUAGUAGCUGGGCAAUUGAAGCGAGUCAAUUGGAGCCUCAGGGCCUUGAAAGAGAAGGCACCUAUAGGAAAAGCAGAAGCCUAGAAAUGGAAGAAAUCCCAGAGACACAGAGUAGCGGGGAAAUUGAAGAGAGUGAGUUAGAGCCUGAGACCCGUGAAAGAGAAGACACCUAUAGAAGAAGCAGAAGCCUGGAAAUGGAAGAUAUCCCACGGACACGGAGUAGCAGAGAAAUUGACGAGAGUGAGGAGGAGCCCGAGAUCCGGGAAAGAGAAGACACCUAUAGAAGAAGCAGAAGCCUGGAAAUGGAAGAAAUCCCACGGACACGAAGUAGCAGAGAAAUUGAAGAGAGUGAAGAGGAGCCUGAGACCCGGGAAAGAGAAGACACCUAUAGAAGAAGCAGAAGCUUGGAAAUGCAAGAAAUCCCACAAACACGGAGUAGUAGAGAAAUUGAAGAGAGUGAAGAGGAGCCUGAGACCCGGGAAAGAGAAGACACCUAUAGAAGAAGCAGAAGCUUGGAAAUGCAAGAAAUCCCACAAACACGGAGUAGUAGAGAAAUUGAAGAGAGUGAAGAGGAGCCUGAGACCCGGGAAAGAGAAGACACCUAUAGAAGAAGCAGAAGCCUGGAAAUGGAAGAAAUCCCAAGUAAGCGCAGUAGCUGGGAAAUGGAAGUGAGUGAGGAUGAGCCUGAGACCCGGGAAAGAGAAGAUACCUAUAGAAGAAGCAGAAGCCUGGAAAUGGAAGAAAUCCCAAGUAAGCGCAGUAGCUGGGAAAGGGAAGUGAGUGAAGCAGAGCUUGAGAGCCCAGAAAUGGAAGAGAGCCUAGAGGAGCCAGAAAGAGAGGAAAUGGAAGAAGUAGGGGAAGAGCGCAGAAGUAUGGGAAGGGAAGCCUCCUGGCAGAAAAGCAGGAGCCUGGAAAUGGAGGACAUUCCAAGGAAGCUCAGUGCCUGGGAAAAUGCAGACAUUUGGAGGAAAAGCAAGAGUCGAGAAAUGGAAGACAUCCCAAGUAAGCGCAGUAGCUGGCAAAUGGAAGAAAGUGAAGAGGAGCCUGAGAGAUGGGAAAGAGAAGACACCUAUAGAAGAAGCAGAAGCCUGGAAAUGGAAGAUAUUCCAAGGAAGCGCAGUAGCAGAGAAAUGGAAGAAAGCCCAGAGGAAUCAGAAAGAGAAGAAAUGGAAGACACAGGGGAGAAGCGCAGAAGUACAGGAAGGCAAGUCUCCUGGAGGAAAAGUGAGACUCUGCAAAGAGAAGUCAUUCCAAGCAUGCAAAGUAGCCGAGAAAUGGAAGAGAGUGAAGUAGAGCCUGAGACCUCUGAAAGGGAAGACACAUAUAGGAAAAGCAGAAGCCUGGAAAUGGAAGAAAUCCCACGGACACAGAGUAGCAGAGAAAUUGAAGAGAGUGAAGAGGAGUCUGGGACCCCGGAAAGAGAAGGCACCUAUAGAAGAAGCAGAAGCCUGGAAAUGGAAGAAAUCCCGUGGACACAGAGUAGCAGAGAAAUUGAAGAGAGUGAAGAGGAGCCUGAGAUGCGGGAAAGAGAAGGCACCUAUAGAAGAAGCAGAAGCCUGGAAAUCGAAGAAAUCCCACGGAAACGUAGCAGCAGAGAAGUUGAAGAGAGUGAAGAGGAGCCCGAGAUCCAGGAAAGAGAAGAUACCUAUAGAAGAAGCAGAAGCCUGGAAAUGGAAGAAAUCCCAUGGACACGGAGUAGCAGAGAAAUUGAAGAGAGUGAAGAGGAGCCUGAGGCGCGGGAAAGAGAAGGCACCUACAGAAGAAGCAGAAGCCUGGAAAUCGAAGAAAUUCCAAGGAAGCGGAGUAGCUGGAAAAGGGAAGAGAGUGAAGAGGAACCUGAGAUCCGGGAAAGAGUAGGCACCUAUAGAAGAAGUAGAAGCCUGGAAAUGGAAGAAAUCCCACGGAAACGUAGCAGCAGAGAAGUUGAAGAGAGUGAAGAGGAGCCUGGGACCCGGGAAAGGGUAAGCACCUAUAGAAGAAGCAGAAGCCUGGAAAUCGAAGAAAUCCCACGGAAACGUAGCAGCAGAGAAGUUGAAGAGAGUGAAGAGGAGCCUGGGACCCGGGAAAGGGUAAGCACCUAUAGAAGAAGCAGAAGCCUGGAAAUGGAAGAAAUCCCACGGAAACGGAGUAGCAGAGAAAUUGAAGAGAGUGAAGAGGAGCCUGGGACCCGGGAAAGAGAAGGUACAUAUAGAAGAAGCAGAAGCCUGGAAAGGGAAGAAAUCCUACGGAAACGUAGCAGCAGAGAAGUUGAAGAGAAUGAAGAAGAACCUGUGACCCGGGAAAGAAAAAGCACCUAUAGAAGAAGCAGAAGCCUGGAAAUGGAAGAAAUCCCCCGGAAGCGCAGUAGCGGAGAAAUUGAAGACAGUGAGGAAGAGCCGGAGAUACGGGAAAGAGAAGACACCUAUAGAAGAAGCAGAAGCCUGGAAAUGGAAGAUAUUCCAAGAAAACGAAGUAGCGGGAAAAUUGAAGAGAGGGAAGCAGAGCCUGAGAGCACAGAAAUAGAAGAAAGCCUAGAGGAACCAGAAAGAGAGGAAAUGGAAGACAUCUGGGAGAAGCGAAGAAGUACAGGAAGGGCAGCAUCCUGGAGGAAAAGCAAAAGUUUUGAAAUGGAAGACAUCCCAAGUAAGCGUAGUAGCUGGGCAAUUGAAGAGAGUCAAGUGGAGCCUGAGGGCCGCGAAAGAGAAGGCACCUAUAGGAAAAGCAGAAGCCUAGAAAUGGAAGAUAUUCCAAGAAAGCUGAGUAGCUGGGAAACAGAAGAGAGUGAAUUGGAGCCUGAAGGCAGGGAAAGAGAAGAUACUUAUAGAAAAAGCAGAAGCCUGGAUAUGGAAGGCAUUCCAAGUAGGCUCAGUAGCCGGGAAAUUGAAGAGAGUGUAGAUGAGCGUGAGAGCCCGGAAAUAGAAGAGACCCUAGAGGAGCCAGAAAGAGAGGAAAUGGAAGACACCUGGGCAAAGCGCAGAAGUACAAGAAGGGAAGGCUCCUUGAGGAGAAGCAAAAGCUUGGAAAUGGAAGACUUCCCAAGGAAGCGCAGUAGCUGGGAAAGGGAACCCUCUUGGAGGAAAAGCAAGAGUCUAGAAAUGGAAUUCCUUCCACGUAAGUGGAGUAGCAGAGAAAUGGAAGACAGUGAGGAAGAGCCUGAGAAACGGCUAAGCGAAGACACCUAUAGGAAAACCAGAAGCCUAGAAAUGGAAGACAUUCCAAUGAAGCGCAGUAGCUGGCAAAUGGAAGAAAGUGAAGAGGAGCCUGACAGACGGGAAACAGAAGACACCUAUGGAAGAAGCAGAAGCCUGGAAAUGGAAGAAAUCCCACGGAAGCGUAGUAGUAGAGAAAUUGAAGAGAGUGAAGAGGAGCCUGAGAUCAGGGAAAGAGAAGGCAGUUAUAGGAGAAGCAGAAGGCUGGAAAUGGAAGAAAUCCCACGGAAACGGAGUAGCAGAGAAAUUGAAGAGAGUGAGGAGGAGCCUGAGAUGCGGGAAAGAGAAGACACCUAUAGAAGAAGCAGAAGCCUGGAAAUGGAAGGUAUUCCAAGUAAGCGCAGUAGCUGGGAAAGGGAAGCCUCUUGGAGAAAAAGCAAGAGCCUGGAUAUGGAAGAUAUCCCAUGGAAGUACAGUAGCCGGGAAAUUGAAGAGAGUGAAGAGGAACCUCAGAUCCAGGAAAGAGAAGACAGUUAUCGCAAAAGCAGAAGCCUGGAAACGGAAGACAUUCCAAGUAAGCGCAGUAGCCGAGCAGUGGAGGAGAGUGCAGAGGAGAUUGAGACCCCAGAAAUGGAAGAGAGCAUAGAGGAGCCAGAAAGAGAGGAAAUGGAAGACACCUGGGAGAAGCGCAGAAGUACGGAAAGGGCAGCCUCCUGGAGGAAAAGUGCGAGUCUAGAAAUGGAAGACAUCCCAAGUAAGCACAGUAGCUGGGAAAUGGAAGAGAGUGAAGUGGAGCCUGAGAGCCAGGAAAGAGAAGACACCUACAGGAAAAGCAGAAGUUUGGAAAUAGAAGAUAUUCCAAGGAAGCGCAGUAGCUGGGAAAGGGAAGAAAGUGAAGAGGAGCCAAAGACCAGGGAAAGAGGCGACACAUAUAGGAAAAGCAGAAGUCUGGAAAUGGAAGACAUUCCAAGGAAACGUAGUAGCAGGGAAAUUGAAGAGAGUGAAGAGGAGCCUGGGAAUCGGGAAAGAGAAGACACCUAUAGAAGAAGCAGAAGCCUGGACAUGGAAGAAAUUCCAAGGAAACAAAGUAGCAGGGAAAUUGAAGAGAGCCCAGAGGAGCUUGAAGGCUCAGAAAUGGAAGAGAGCCUAGAGGAGCCAGAAAGAGAGCAUAUAGUAGAUACCUGGGAGAAGCGCAGAAGUACAGGAAGGGAAGCUUCCUGGAGGAAAAGCAGAAGCUUGGAAAUGGAAGACAUUCCAAGUAAGCACAGUAGCCGAGCAGUGGAAGAGAGUGCAGAGGAGCUUGAGAGCCCAGAAAUGGAAGAGAGCCUAGAGGAGCCAGAAAGAGAGGAAAUGGAAGACACCUGGGAGAAGCGCAGAAGUACAGGAAGGGCAGCAUCCUGGAGGAAAAGUGGGAGUCUAGAAAUGGAACACAUCCCAAGUAAGCGCAGUAGCUGGGAAAUGGAAGAGAGUGAAGUGGAGCCUGAGAUCCGGGAAAGAGAAGACACCUACAGGAAAAGCAGAAGCUUGCAAAUGGAAGACAUUCCAAGUAAGCGCAGUAGCCGAGCAGUAGAAGAGAGUGCAGAGGAGCUUGAGAGCCCAGAAAUGGAAGAGAGCCUAAAGGAGCCAGAAAGAGAGGAAAUGGAAGACACCUGGGAGAAGCACAGAAGUACAGGAAGGGCAGCAUCCUGGAGGAAAAGUGGGAGUCUAGAAAUGGAACACAUCCCAAGUAAGCGCAGUAGCUGGGAAAUGGAAGAGAGUGAAGUGGAGCCUGAGAGCCGGGAAAGAGAAGACACCUAUAGAAAAAGCAGAAGCCUGGACAUGGAAGACAUCCCAAUACAGCGCAGUAGCCGGGAAAUGGAAGAGAGCUCAGAGGAGCAUGAGAGCCCAGAUAUGGAAGAGAGCUUAGAGGAACCAGAAAGAGAAGAAAUGGAAGACACCUGGGAGAAGCGCAGAAGUACAGGAAGGGAAGCCUCCUGGAGGAAAAGCAAAAGUUUGGAAAUGGAAGACAUCCCAAGACAGCGCAGUAGCAGGGAAAUAGAAGAGAGUGAAGAGGAACCAGAGACCUGGGAAAGAGAAGCCUCCUAUAAGAAAAGCAGAAGCCUGGAAAUGGAGGACAUUCCAAGGAAGCACAGUGCCUGGGAAAAUGCAGCCAUUUGGAGGAAAGGCAAGAGUCUAGAAAUGGAAGACAUCCCACGGAAGCGCAGUAGUUGGGAAUUGGAAGAGAGUGAAGAAGAGCCUGAGCGUAGACAAAGAGAAGACACUUAUAGGAAAAGCAGAAGCUUUGAAAUGGAAGACAUCCCAAGGAAGCGCAGUAGCCGGGAAAUUGAAGAGAGUGCAGAAGAGUAUGAGAGUCCAGAAAUGGAAGAGAGCUUAGACGAGCCAGAAAGAGAGGAAAUGGAAGACACAUGGGAGAAGCGAAAAAGUAGAGCAAGAGAAGCAUCCUGGAGAAAAAGCAAAAGUUUUCAAAUGGAAGACAUCCCAAGGAAGCGCAGUAGCCGGGAAACUGAAGAAGAGGAGCCUGAAAUCCGGGAAAGAGAAGACACCUAUAGGAAAAGCAGAAGCCUAGAAUUGGAAGACAUUCCCAGGAAGCGAAGCAGCAAGGAAAGGAAAACCUCCUGGAGAAAAAGCAAGAGUCUUGAAAUGGAAGACAUCCCAAGAAAGCACAGUAGCUGGGAAGUGGGAGAGAGUGAAGACGAGCCUGAAACCCGGGAAAGAGAGGACACCUAUCGAAAAAGCAGAAGUCUGGAAAUGGAAGACAUUCCAAGGAAACACAGUAGCUGGGAAAUGGACCAGAGUGCAGAGGAGCGUGACAGCCCAGACAUGGAAGAGAGCCCAGAGGAGCCAGAAAUGGAGGAAAUGGAAGACACCCAGGAGAAACGCAGAAGUAUGGGAAGGAAAGCCACCUGGAUGAAAAGCAAAAGCUUGGAAAUGGAAGAUAUUCCAAGGAAACACAGUAGCUGGGAUAGGGAAGAGAGUGAAGAGGAGCCUGAAAGUCAGGAAAGAGAAGAUACCUAUCGGAAAAGCAGAAGCCUGGAAAUGGAAGACAUUCCAAGUAAGCGCAGUAGUAGGGAAAUGGAAGAGAGCCCAGAGGAGCCAGAAACAGAGGAAAUGGAAGACACCUGGGAGAAGCGCAGAAGUACAGGAAGGGAAGCAUCCUCGAGGAAAAGCAAAAGUUUUGAAAUGGACAUCCCAAGGAAGCACAGCAGCAGGGAAAUUGAAGAGAGUGAAGAGGAGCCUGAACGCGGGGAAAGAGAAGACACCUAUAGGAAAAGCAGAAGCUUGGAAAUGGAAGACAUUCCAAUGGUGCGAAGCAGCCAGAAAAUGGAAGAGAGCCCAGAGGAGCAAGAAAGCCUGGAAGAGGAAGAGAGUGAAGAAGAACCUGAAGGCCAAGCAAUGGAAGAUACCAAGGAGAAACGCAGGAGCAAGGAAAGGGAUGCCUCUUGGAGGAAAAGCAAAAGCCUGGAAAUGGAAGACAUCCCAAGCAAAUUCAGUAGCCAGGAAGCCUUCUGGAGGAAAAGCAAGAGCCUGGAAAUGGAAGACAUCCCAAGCAUGCGCAGUAGCAGGGAAAUAGAUGAGCAUCCAGGGGAGGUUGAGAGCCCAGAAGUACAAGAGGGGCUACAGGAACCAGAGAGCUUCGAAAUGGAAGACAUGCCAGAGAAGCGCAGGAGCCGGCAAAGUCAAGCCUCCUGGAGGAAAAGCAAGAGUUUGGAAAUGAGAGACCUCCCAAGAAAGCGCAGUAGCUGGAUGGAAGAGAGUGAAGAGGAGCCUGAGAGGCGGGAAAGAGAAGACAGUUAUAGGAAAAGCAGAAGCCUGGAAAUGGAAUAUAUUCCAAGGAAGCACAGUAGCAGGGAAAUGGAUGAAAGCUUAGAGGAGCAAGAGAGCCCAGAAAUGGAAGAGAGUGAAGAGGAGCCUGAGAGCCUAGAAAUGGAAGAGAGUGAAGAGGAACCUGAGAGCCGGGAAAGAGAAGACUCCUAUAGGAAAAGCAAGAGCCUGGAAAUGGCAGACAUUCCAAGAAAGCGCAGUAGCCGAGAAAUGGAAGAGAGUGAAGAGGAACCUGAGAGCUGGGAAAGAGAAGACUCCUAUAAGAAAAGCAAUAUCCUGCAAAUGGAAGAAAUCCCAAGGAAACGAAGUAGCAAGGAAAUAGAAAAGAACCCAAAGGAGCGGGUGAGCCUGAAAGUAGAAGCAAUUUUACUACAGGAACCUGAGAGCCAAGAAAUGGAUGAUAUCCAGGGAAAGCCCAAGAGUCAGGAAAGGAAUGACGACAAUUAUAGGAAAAGCAAGAGCCUGGAAAUGGAAGACAUCCCAAAUAAGCGCACUAGUCAGGAAAGGGAUCCUUCCUGGAGAAAAAGCAAAAGCCUAGAAAUGGAAAGCAUCCCAAGGGAGCAUAGUAGCCAGGAAAUGGAAGAAAGCCCAGAGGAGCACAAGAACCUAGAGGUUGGAGAGAGCUUAGGGAAGACAGAGAGACAAGAAAUAAAAGUCACCUUGGGGAAGCACAGGAGGUUGGAAAGCAAAGACACCAGGAGGCAAAGCAGGAGCCUGGAAAUGGAGUAUAUCCCUGUGACGCGCAGUAGGCAUCAAAUGGAAGAUAGUCAAGAGGAGCCAGAGAGUCAGGAAAUGGAGGAUAGCCAAGAGGAACCUGAAAGCCAGGAAAUUGAAGAAAGUCUAGAUGAGCCUGAGAACCGGGAAAGGGAAGGCACCUAUAGAAGAAGCAGAAGCCUGGAAAUAGGGGACUUUCCAAGGAAGCAAAGUAGCGAGGAAAUGGAAGAGAGUCAAGAAGAGCGUGAGAGCCCGGAAGUGGAAGAAAGUGAACUAGAGGAACCUCAGAUUCGAGAAAUAGAAGACACCCAAGGAAAGCGCAGGAGUCGGAAAAGUGAAGCCUCUUGGAGGAAAAGUGGGAGCCUGGAAACGGAAGAUAUUCCCAGGAAGCGCAGUAGCUGGGAAAUGGAAGAGAGUGAAGAGGAACUUGAGAGUCCAGAACUGGAAGAGAGUGAAGAGGAACCUGAGAGUGGAGAAAGGGAUGACACCCAGAGCAAGCGUGGGAGCCAAGAAAGGGAAGCUUCCUGGAGGAAAAGCAGCAGGCUGUUAAUGGAAGACAUUCCCAGGAAGCGAAGUAGCCAAGAAAGGGAAGAGAGCCAGGAGGACCCUGAGGGCCUGGAAAUGGAAGAAAGUGAACUAGAGGAACCCCAGAUCCGAGAAAUGGAAGACAUCCAGGGCAAGCGCAGGAGCCAGGAAAGGAAAGCCUCCUGGAGGAAAAGUAAAAGCCUGGAAAUGGAAGACAUUCCAAGAAAUAGUAGUAGCCGGGAAAUGGCAGAGAGCCAAGAAGAGCGUGAGAGCCCGGAAGUAGAAGAGAGUGAGGGGGAACCUGAAAGCAGAGAAAUGGAAGAUAGCCAGAGCAAGCGCAGGAGCCGGGAAAGUGAAGUCUCCUGGAGAAAAAGCAGGAGCCUGCAAAUGGAAGACAUUCCCAAGAAGCGUAGUAGCCCGGAAAUGGAAGAGAGCCAAGAGGAGCCUGAAGGCCUGGAAAUGGACGAGAGUGAACUAGAGGAACCUCAGACCCGAGAAAUGGAAGACACCCAGGGCAAGCGGGGCAGCCAGGUACGGGAAACCUCCUGGAGGAAAAGCAGGAGCCUAGAAAUGGAAGACAUUCCAAGGAAGCGGAGUAGCUGGGAAGUGGAAGAGAGUCCAGAAGAACAUGAGAGCCCAGAAAUGGAAGAGAGUGAAGAGGAACCUGAAAGCAGAGAAAUGGAAGAUACCCAGGGCAAGCGCAGAAGCCGGGAAAGUGCUGCCUCCUGGAGAAAAAGCAGGAGCUUGCAAAUGGAAGACAUUCCCAGGAAGCGCAGUAGCUGGGAAAGUGAAGCCUCCUGGAGAAAAAGCAGGAGCCUGCUAAUGGAAGACAUUCCCAGGAAGCGCAGUAGCCCAGAAAUGGAAGAGAGCCAAGAAGAGCAUGAGAGCCCAGAAGUGGAAGAGAGUGAAGAGGAACCUGAGAACAGAGAAAUGGAAGAUACCCAGGGCAAGCGCAGGAGCCGGGAUAGUGAAGCUUCCUGGAGAAAAAGCAGAAGCCUGCAAAUGGAAGACAUUCCCAGAAAGCGCAGUAGCCGGGAAAUGGAAGAAAGCCAAGAAGAGCCUGAAAGUCAAGAAAUAGAAGACAGUGAAGAGGAGCCUGAGGGUCAUGAAAUUGAAGACACACAGUGGGAGCCUGAGAGCCCCACAAUGGAAGACGUCAUACAGAAAUCAGAUUUUCAGAAAACAGAAGCCACCCAGAGGAAACCUGAGAGCUCACGAAGGAAAAACAGCCGAGUGGACCCUGAGAGCCAGUUAAUGGUAGACAGCCAAGAGGAUUCAGAGAGCCAGGAAACAGAAGACAGCCAAGAACAUCCUGACAAGCGGCACAUGGAAGACACUCCCGGGAGGCAAAAGAGCCAGGAAAUGGAAGACAGCCAAGAGGAGCCAGAGAGCCUAGAUUUGGAAUAUACCCAGGGGCAAAACAAGAGCCAAGAAAUGGAAAGCCCCCGGAGGAAGCGCAAAAGCAGCCAAGAAAUGGAAGAAAGUCAAGAAGAGCCAGAGAGCGAAGAGAUGGAAGACAGCCAAGAGGAACCAGAGAGCGAAGAGAUGGAAGAAAGUCAAGAGGAGCCAGAGAGCCGGGAAAUGGAAGACACCUUGGGAAAGCGCAAGAGCAAGGAAAUGGAAGAUACCUUGGAAAAGCGCAAGAGCCAGGAAAUGGAAGACAGCCAAGAGGAGCCAGAAAGCGAGGAAAUGGAAGACAGCCAAGAGCCGGAGAGUCAAGCAAUGGAAGACACCCAGAGGGGAGUCAGAGAGCCAAGUAGAAGAGAAGACAGAGACUGAGGAUGAAAGUGAAGAACAUCAAUAGAGCAGCAAUAAAUCAUCUUGCGGGUCUGGCAUUAA